AUGGCGUCCACCACGCUCUCAAACCUCGUCACUGCUGCUAAACAAGCCAUCUUUGCUCAUCCAAUCCUCCUUGUCGUCGGACUGUUCGCGCUCUCGCUGGUCUAUAACAAACUUAGACCGGGACUCAGAGGGAUCCCAGGACCACCGGUUGCUGCCUACACCAAGCUAUGGCGCCUGUAUGAUGUCUGGAGAGGACAUGCUCACAUGACUGCCAUCGACAUUCACAAGGAGUAUGGCCCUGUGGUUCGCAUUGGUCCAAGCCAUGUCUCGAUUUCAGACCCGUCUGUGAUACCAGUCAUCUACGGCAUCAAAGAGAACUUUACCAAGACGGGCUUUUACCCAAUCCAGUGCAUUUCAUGGAAGAAGAAGCCGGAAAUGAACCUCUUUUCAACCCGUGAUCCAGAGUACCACCGCGUUGAGAAGCGGAAGGUCGGCGCAGCAUACAGCAUGCCCAACCUGUUGCAGUCUGAAGCGGCUAUUGACUCUUGUGUGUCGCUUUUCAUGUCCCGUCUCGACGAAUAUGCUUCAAGAGGAGAACCUGUGGAUCUUGGCGCCUGGCUGCAAUACUUCGCUUUCGAUGUCGUCGGCGAGGUGACCUUUGCAAGUAAACUCGGAUUCUUGGAGCAGGGGAAGGACGUCGAUGGUAUGAUGAAGGCUAUCGAAGGCAUGCUCACGUACGCUGCUCUUUGUGGUCAAGUUCCCGAGAUGCACGACCUCCUCCUUGGGAACCCGUUGUUCACCAAGCUCAUGCCAGCCAUGGAAACUUGGAAUCAAGUGCUUGUCUUCACGCUGAAAGCAAUCAACGGACGAGCCAGCAUCAAGCGAGAUGGCGAGUUGAUCAACGCAGACGUCGAGGGCCGAGACAUGCUCAGUAGGUGGGCAUAUGUCAAAUCAUCUGAUCCGCUGAAGAUGAGUAGCCGCGAUAUCAUUGUGCACCUGAGCACAAACGUCUUUGCGGGCUCGGAUACGACGGCGAUCGCCUUGCGCGCCAUCGUAUAUUUCCUCUGCCGCAACCCGGAGUGUAUGGACCAGCUUGUCGCCGAGAUUGAUGCGGUAGACAAAGCAGGGAAGCUUAGUCGCCCGAUUUCACAUAAAGAAGCCACUACCGAACUUCCCUAUCUGGGCGCCGUUGUCAAGGAAGCCAUGCGCAUUCAUCCCUCGGUCGGGUUUCUUAUGGAACGCCAUGUUCCAGCCGAAGGCCUCGACGUCCAAGGUUACCACAUCCCCGCAGGUACGAUAGUGGGAAUCAACCCUUGGGUCACCAAUCGAUCACCAGUCUUUGGUCCUGAACCAGAGAAGUUCAACCCCAGCCGUUGGUUGACGGCAUCACAAGAGCAGCUGAAAGAGAUGGACAACAUCUGGGAGCUCAACUUCGGUGCAGGCAGCCGGAAAUGCAUCGGCCGCAACAUCUCUUGGAUCGAGAUUCACAAGGUCAUCCCGGAGCUGCUUAGGCGGUACCGAGUCGAGCUGACUUAUCCGGAGAAGGAGUGGCAUAUCUGCAACCAUUGGUUUGUGCAGCAGGAGGGCCUUAUUUGUAGCCUGACCAGAAGGUGA